AUGCCUACCCGUGCGACCAAAAGAGCUCGACCCUCUUCUCAUUCUCCCUCUCCCGACCCUAUAGGAGCCGAACAGGUAGACGAUGAGCCCUCAGCCUCUCAUCUCGUAUCUUUCCUGACAGGCUAUGCGGACCAUCAUUCCUCCGCCUCAUCAUCAGGCGACGAAGGCUUCGAUGCUCCUUCCGACGACGACGAUGACGACGACGUAGAUGUGGACGAAGAGGACGAUCUUGAUGGUACACCUACCAAACGAGCCAAGACAGGUUUGAUAGGAACUUCAACACCUACGAGGAAGGGUACACCAAAGAAGCGAACAGGCUCAAAGACUCCUGGAGGAGGUAACACACCUAAGAAAACACCUAACAAACAUAAAGUCGAUCCGUUAGAGAUUCUAGAAAAGGCUGAAGAGGAAGGUAUAAUAAGAGUAUCUAAAUCCGAUAAAUAUUUCGCCUAUCAAAGUAGGACAUCUAGAACUUCCGGUAACUCAUAUUCAUCUUUGGUCAAACCAUUAUCCCAGAAACAGUACGACACAUAUACUGAUUCUUCGUCAGCAGCAAGAGAGAAGAUACGUCCGCCAGAACAGUUUGAAGAGAGGUACGAUCAGUGGGAGAUGGAAUUGGAAGAAGGAUUCAGUUUGAUAUUCUACGGGUUCGGAUCGAAGAGGAAUACCAUCAAUAGGUUUGUAGAGAAGAGAUUGAGUAAGAGGGGGGAAGUGGUAGUGGUGAAUGGACAUUUCCCACAAAUGGGUAUAAGAGAAAUCUUAAAUUCGAUAGAAGAUAAUCUAUCCGUACCUCAAAAUAUCAAAUUACCUUCAUCUGUCAUCAACAACUCAAGUACGAUCGAAAGAUCCGCUCAUAGGAUAUCUUCCUAUUUCCUUCCUCCAAAUUCGAUCCCACAAGCUAAAAAGAAGGAUUAUCCAAUAUCGAAAAAUGAUCUGUACUUGAUAAUACAUAAUUUAGAUUCGACGUCGUUACGAAAACCAAUUUCCCUAUCAAUCUUAUCACUCUUAGCUUCAUCGCCUAGAAUUCAUCUUAUCGCAUCGUUCGAUCAUCUCCAUACACCUCUUCUGUUCUCACCAUCACUUACGAAUACUCCACCACACGUGUACGGAGAAGGAAGUUGGACAGGUGAAAUUCCUACUGAACGUGGAUUCAAUUGGUUAUACCACAAUCUCACGACCUACGCUCCAUAUACGACAGAACUUUCGUACUUGAAAUUAUCAGCAUCCACGCAUUUGUCAUUAUCGAGUUCAGCCAAUACAAGUGGAAUAUCCGAGGAAGGUGCACUACAAAUACUCAAAUCUGUCCCACCUAUGGCUGCAAGACUGCUCAAACUUCUCUUGACCAAACAAUUAUCGAACUUACCUCCCGAGCCUACUCAUCAUAUUGCCUAUCCACCAAAUCAGAUCUCACCGAUCUUUGCAGUAGACAAUGAUAUUCUACAAUCAUUAGCGAAAGAGAAGUUCAUAGCGAGAGAAGAAGAACGGUACGAUGCACUUAUUGGAGAAUAUAGGGAUCACGGAUUGGUGGUAGAAGCGAGUCUGGACACUGAAGGUAGAACAGGAAGAUGGGUGUGGGUACCAUUGGGAAAAGCUGCUAUUGAAAGGGUGUUGGAAAUGAUGAAGGAGGUUGAGGUGUAA